GGUUUCGCAAUCGCCGCUCGGGCCGCGCUGGGCGCUUUAACGACGAGGCUCGGGCCCGGCCGCGCCCCCCCCCCCUCCCCUCCGCUGCCGCCGCCGCCGCCGCCGCAGGUUCACCUUGCUCUUAAUCCAUGUGAAGAUCCGCUGGAAACACGUUCUAGAAAACAGUUUUCAGUCUCCUGAUAUAUUCUGUUGUGUCAAAGAAGAGCCUGUCCAAAUGAGCAAGACAUCCCAACAGAACACCGCUACAGAUGCGAACGGAGUAAGCGUGAUUCACACCCAGGCACACACCAGUGGUUUGCAGCAGGUUCCCCAGCUGGUUCCCGUUAGUCCUGGUGGUGGAGGCAAAGCCGUGCCUCCAAGCAAACAGGGAAAGAAAAAUUCCUUUGUGGAUAGAAACAGUGAUGAGUAUCGUCAGCGCAGAGAGCGGAACAACAUGGCAGUGAAAAAGAGCCGGUUAAAAAGCAAGCAGAAAGCACAAGACACGCUGCAAAGGGUCACCCAGCUCAAAGAAGAAAAUGAACGUUUGGAGGCAAAAAUUAAGCUCCUAACCAAGGAGCUGAGCGUACUGAAAGACUUGUUCCUUGAGCACGCACACAACCUUGCAGACAAUGUGCAACCUGUUGGCACUGAAACCACCACAACAAACCCAGAGAACAGCGGACAGUAGGCACUGUCGCGACCUCAUGAAAUGAACUCUCAAGGUACAGCUUGUCUGCACCACCCAUGCAGUAACUGAGGAAAAGAUGUGUUCUUUUAACCAUCAUUUCUUGGAGAUCUUUUUAGGUUUAACACUGAAGAUUUGAUACGAUUAAACCAGAAACUGCUUAGUCUAUUUGUUUAAAAGCGUUAAGUAUUUUUCUCCUCUGGAGGAUUUGUCUAGUAAAUGCAGAUCUAAGUUCAUACUCAACAAGGAGCUUAGCAUUAGGGAAAUAACAUGUUCACGGAAGUGUACUUACCUUCUUAUAUUUUGCAUAAUGGGAGGAAUCCAUCGGGAUGCUUCACUGUAGUAUCAGUAAAUCGUAACUGGGUUAAUUGUCUUUUAAAUACUUUUUAGUGUAUUUAAGCCCUUUGUUUUCUCCAUUAUGUAUUACAAACUGCAAAGGCCGUGGAGAGAGUUUGCUGUCCUGUCAACUACUUUAAACCUGUAGAGCAAGUCCUAUAAAGCACCACUUAGGUCUUUCAUAUCUGGCUAUAGUUAAUGGGGAGGGUGUAGUAUUAGUGAGCUAGGAUGCUUACUGAUGUUUUCUAGAAAAACAGCAAUAUACUAUAAUAAUAUAUACAGGCAGUUGGCUUCCAAAAGGCAAAUGAUAGUCUGAAGCAAGUAUGAGAGGUAAAGCAGCACACUGACAAAGUCUUUUAAGCCUGUGUUCACAUGUUAACAUUGCUCACACAGUGACUCUGGGGCCUUAAGAGAACAAGAUUUUGGUUUUCAAAAAAUGGCAAAAUGCUACCAAAAACCUCUGCUCUUCAAAACUGCAUUCUUGCUGGGGUGCAGGUAUCAGGGAGAACAAAAUGUGCAGCUUGGCUAAGCAAUGAAAGGAUUAAGGCAGCAUCUGUACAGUCAGAAUGUAUGGAUCACUGCUUGCCGACACUUAUUUCCAUUUUCAUGGGCGUUCAGAUUUGUAGCCAAGUUCGUAUAGAAAGUGAUUUUAAAAAUAAAUGGCCCUAGUUUGAGUACCUGACUCAGCAGAAUUUCUAUAGCCAUCGUAGAGUUGUGUGAAGGAGUAUCUUCAGUCUUAUUUUAUUUCCAUCAAAGUUUUGCUAUAGCAAUUUUUUAAAUGCUAGUGAUAAGUCUUUGCCAUGAUCCAUAAUGCAGUGGUAUGUACUAUAUUGAGGAUUUAAACAACAAAAGUAAAGCAGGAACUUUGAUGUAACCUUAAUUUAUUUUCAUUUUUAAAUAUUUCAUUGACUGUAUGGUUGUGUUACAUUUAACCCGUGUGUCUGGCUAGUGAAUUAUUACACUGUCUUAAUUUCUCUCCUACACUACCUUUUUCCAUAGAUUAUUUUGUAGGAUGCUUGUUUGCCUUGUAUCUGUAUUUAGGAAAAGAACUUUGAUAUUAUCUCUAUGAGGAUGCUGUUAGAAACUAAAGCCUUUAAAAGUUCUUUUUGAAUUUAAAUUUUUAAUACAAAGGUAAUUAGAUGCAGUCUUUUAUGGAUUGUUUUGGACUAUGGUAGUCUUUUUACAGAGAUAUGUUUUUUUGGUUCUAGCUGCAGCUUGAAUAGGUAGGGUUGAAAUAUCAGAAUCUAAUAAAAACAUUUUGCCUCUA